CAUGUCUCGUAUCCACAGCAUUUCCAGAACUCUGGCCCCAAGAACCUGCUGUGAAUUAGAGACCGAUUUCUCCCGGGACAUCAGUGACCCUGGCCUCCCUCAUCCUGGGAAGGUCAACACUAUUCCAGUAUCCUUUCUACUCUUAUACUGGUGGUUAGUGGUGGUGGGGGGGGGGAGACUAGGUGAGAAGGUGUGGUCAUGGAGUGUGUUUUCUAAGUUACUGUGCUAUCCAAGAAAGUCCUGAUGUUUCAGGACUGCCUUCUCUUUUCCCAGUGCUGCCUGUCUCUAAAGAAAAAAAGAGGAUACUGAGAGAAAAAAUUUUUGUUACACAUCAAAAAGUUAAAGUUCAGCUCUGGCUUCUCUGAAAUCAGCUUCUCUAAUAGAGGAAACCUGAGGAAGAUCAGCAGUUUGAAAACCAUGGCCCAGGUGCCGUUGACAUUUAGUGAUGUUGCCAUAGACUUCUCUCAGGAGGAGUGGGAAUGCCUAAAUUCCGAUCAGAGGGAUUUGUACAGAGAUGUGAUGUUGGAGAAUUAUACUAACUUGGUCUCACUGGACUUUGAUUUUACAACUGGGACCAACAAGUUAUCUUCAGAAAAAAGCAGUUAUGAAGUAAAUUCAUACCAUCGGGAGACAAUGAAAAGAAGUAAAACCUUCAACCUUAUGAGGUUUAUUUUCAGAAAUGACCCACAGUGCAGAAUUGAAUUUGGGAGAGAACAGGGGCCUAACAUGGGAUGUUUUAGUCAAAUGACAUUUAUAAAACAUAUAUCUCUUCCUCUACAUCAGAGAAUUCACACUAGAGAGAAAUCCUAUGAAUGUAAGGAAUGUAGGUGGGGCUUUAGAAAAUAUUCACACCUUACCGAGCAUUUGAGAGGCCAUAAUGGUGUGAGACCCUAUGAAUGUAAGGAAUGUGGAAAAGCCUUUAUAGUUCUCCAGCAUUUUAUUAGACAUAAAAAAAUUCACACUGAUUUAAAACCCUAUGAAUGUAAUGGAUGUGAGAAAGCCUUUAGGUUUUAUUCACAGCUUAUUCAACAUCAGAUCAUUCAUACUGGUGUAAAACCCUACGAAUGCAAGCAAUGUGGGAAGUCUUUUAGACGUUAUUCUCACCUUACUGAACAUCAAAAAAUUCAUAUUGGUUUGAAACCCUAUGAAUGUAAGGAAUGUGGGGAAACUUUCAGAUUGUACCGACAUAUGUGCCUACAUCAGAAAAUUCAUCAUGGUGUGAAACCCUAUAUAUGCAAGGAAUGUGGGAAGGCCUUUGGUCAUCGUUCAAGUCUUUAUCAACAUAAGAAAAUUCAUUCUGGUGAGAAACCAUAUAAAUGUAAACAAUGUGGAAAGGCCUUUGUUCGCAGCUAUCUACUUAUUGAACAUCAGAGAAGUCAUACUGGCGAGAAGCCACAUGAAUGUAAGGAAUGUGGGAAGGCCUUUAGUAGGGGUUCAAGCCUUCUUAAACAUAAGAGAAUUCAUAGUAGUGAGAAACUCUAUGAUUGUAAGGACUGCGGGAAGGCCUUCUGUAGAGGCUCUCAACUUACACAACAUCAAAGAAUUCAUACUGGCGAGAAGCCACAUGAAUGCAAAGAAUGUGGGAAGACAUUUAAGCUUCAUUCGUACCUUAUUCAACAUCAGAUAAUUCAUACUGAUUUGAAACCAUAUGAAUGUAAACAAUGUGGGAAAGCCUUCAGUCGUGUUGGAGACCUUAAAACACAUCAGUCAAUUCAUGCAGGGGAAAAACCCUUUGAAUGUAAGGAAUGUGGAAAAACCUUCAGACUUAAUUCUCAACUGAUUUAUCAUCAGACAAUUCACACUGGUUUGAAACCAUAUAUAUGUAAAGAAUGUAAGAAGGCCUUUCGUUCUAUCUCAGGUCUUUCUCAACAUAAGAGAAUUCAUACUGGUGAAAAACCCUAUGAAUGUAAAGAAUGUGGUAAGGCCUUUAAUCGUAGUGAUCGACUUACUCAACAUCAGAGAAUUCAUACUGGUGUGAAACCACACAAAUGUAAGGAAUGUGGAAAGGCCUUUACUCGUUGCUAUCAACUUACUCAACAUCAAAGAUUUCAUAGUGGUGAGAAACUCCUGAUGUAAUGAGAGUCAGAAAGCAUUUAGCUUUGGCACAUCCUUUUACCAUUAUCACUAUUCUACCGCCUAAUGAUGUUAUGGUAAAGAUUAUUUAACACAAAAUUUAAAUGCUUAGAGGGGCAUCUGGCACAUAGUAUUUGCUUACUAAGUACUGUGGUUCUUUAAUGAUAAUCACCAUUAUUACUAUACAUAAAUUCAUGUGGAAGGAAGACCCUAUAAUGCAUAUUUUUUAAAUGCAUCAGUGUUCAUCCAUAUUUUCUUCAGAUAAUUAAUUCUGGACAAAAUCCCAUAGAAUAUACUAAACAAGACACUUUUUUAUUCAAAGCUCAACUCCCUGAAGAUUAAUAAUAAGAAACGCUGUGCCUAGGCACCUGGGUGGCUCAGAUGGUUAAGCGUCUGCCUUUGGCUCAGGUCAUGAUCCCAGGGUCCUGGGAUCGAGUCCCACAUCAGGCUCCCUGCUCAGUGCAGAGCCUGCUUCUCCCUCAC